GUUGCGCGGGGGAGGAGGCGAGGGCACGGCCUGAGGUGGGAGGGGACGGCCAAGAUGGCGUCGGAGGGCGAGCUGGGCAGGAAGUGGGACCGGUGUCUAGCGGACUCCGCCGUCAAGCUGGGUGCUGGAUUUGGAUUAGGAAUUGUUUUCUCAGUCAUCUUCUUCAAAAGAAAGACAUGGCCUAUUGCUUUUGGGUCGGGGAUGGGGUUAGGAAUGGCUUAUUCCAAUUGUCAACAUGACUUCCAGUCUCCAUAUCUUCUCCAUGGUAAAUUUGUAAAAGUAAGUACCAGUAUUAGUUACUAUUGAUUGGUAACUGUUUAUAAAUUAGCAUUAAAUGGUACAACUAGACACCAUUUAAAUGGUACAUCUAGACACCAUUUAAAUGGCUGUUCCUCUGCCUUUCCCAAAAGAGCACUAGUAAGAAGAAACUUGUGUUGCCGAAGCAGGGGUGAGUCUGUCCCCUGCUCUUGAGAAGUUUUUAAUGUCUGGUUUGUUUAGCAGUAAGCUUACCAGACUGAAUACACAAAAUUAGUUUAACAGAUCCUGCAGGUAGGCUUUCCCACGACCUGAAAACACAUACAAUAAAAAUACAUGCUAGAAAAGCUGAAAAACUAAACUAACGGUAAGAUUCUGUCUUCAGACUUUGAAAGAGAUGACCUAGGAAGAAACUGAAAGUCACAUCAGGCAUGUCAGGUAGAUGUGCCUGUGGAAGCAGAUCUUUAAUUUUCUGUGGGGUUUUUUUUGGUUAGUUUGUUGUUGGGUUUUUUUCAACAUGAAAACACUAAUCACUUGUAAGUUUUGUGGCUCCUUGGCUGGAUAGUAGUGUAAUAAUUAGUCUCAAGAAAUUGUACGCUUUAAAUAGUUUUGAAGAGGAUAAUUUAAAUAAGUUCAGUAUUUUCAUUGACCAUGCUGAGAUAAAAUAUUUAAAAAUAGAUAACUUAGCAGGAACCAUUUGUACACUCGCAAACUGCCUACAGUGCACUAAGUCCGCAAACUGACUCCAUUAAUAUAUUCUUUAUUUCUUCACAUGUAAAAGUUGGGGCUGUUCUUAUGGCAAUUUAUCAUUUUGGCAUCUGGAAAAAAAGAAGGUGCGUGUGUGCAUAUUUUGGAUCCACAAAGCCAUAUACUGCUAAAAACGUUUCACUGAUACCAGUGGAGAGGCAUCCACCAGGACAUAUUUAAGUUAUUUUAGCACUUCAAAAAUUAUGAGGUAAAAUAUUCUGCCAGGAGCUUUUCAUGGCAAGUACACAGAAUGCAAAAAUUGCCCCUGUAUCGCUUGUCUGCCUAAUGAAGGAGGCCUGAAGGUGGUUUUAGGCUUUUUUUCUGAUGCAUCUAGAGCUGAAAGUUGAGUCCAGUCCUCCUUAGAGUUACUGGCAGAUGAGCUUUCGCCAGCCUUCUGCAGCCCUACCAGACAUACCUGUUCACAAAUACUAUCUUCAGCUGCCUGUAAAGAAAGGGAAACAAUAACAAGAUUCUUGAACAAUUUCUUCAGAAUAAAAAAUUUUGGAUAGCAAGAUGGAGAAACUGUCACUUAGAUGCAGCUGGUCCAACGUUGCCAGCUAUGGCCCAGAAUCAAAAGUCUGUGCAUGACUCUUCUGUCCAGAUUUGUUCACAUCAAAACGUGUUAGCUUUCCACACCAUCCUGAAGGUAUUCCUCCAAGUUAUGUCUCCAAAAAGAAACUGGAAUGACAUGUCUGUGGCUUCACGUGAACGGCAAAUGCUCUGUUCACAUGGGCUGAGAGCCCAUUAUUCAUCCAAGGAUGCUUGUUACUAGGGAUGUUGGGUAACAGAAAACUGACUUUCAGGUCAGCCUAGUAAGGGAUUUUGUUUGGAUUAAGGACUAAUCUGUGCUCUGGAGCAAGGGUGGUCCUUCGAAGCAUGAGGUAAUUGAAAGGACACUUCACAGAAGAAGCGCAGCUGCCUGCAUGGCACAAGACUAGACAAAUAGUUUCCAGUGCACUGUCUCCACUAGCUUUCUCUGGCACAAAGAGGCUGAACAUGGUGAGAGAGGGAAGACGCGGAUGAAGCCAUCUAAUAGUUAAUGUCAUUAAUUCUCUCCAAAAUGUCGUGUCAUGGAUAAUGGCUCCAGGGUUAUUACAACAAAAUUAUUUCAUUUCUGUUGGUUAGGAGCAUGGAAAAUAUUGUCGCAUUAUCACUCAUCUGUUUUUUUCCUAGAAAAUACUGUUGUAACUAAACUCUAUAGGAUUUCCUUUACAAAACUGAGUUUCUGUUCACAUGCUAGCUUGUCAAAAUGUGAGAUUCUGUGAGAAAAUCAGCUUUAUUAAGAGAGAGAGAAAUGCAACACAGAUUAGCUUGAACAAAAUUAUUUCUAGUUUUCCGAACACAUCAAGUUCAUAGGAUCACAGGAUGACUCAAGUUGGAAAGGACGUCAAGGAGGUCAUCUAGUCUGAUCUCAAACCAGUGUCAGCUAUGAGGUCAGACCAGGUUACUGGGGGCUUUAUAUAGUCAGGAUUCGUGAUUCUUCAGCAUCAAGUUCUUAAUUCUGAAUCCUAAGUGAGAAUGAGUGAGGACAGAGAACCCUGACGGUACCAAAUAAUCAGGAGAUUGCAAAGCAGUUUUGCAGCUUUUCUAGCUGUAACUUGGAUCAUCACACUGCCCAUCCUUUGGGUUAGUAAGUUGAUCGUGAAUCGCUAACACCAAUGCAAGAGCCGUUCAUCUAGAGACUACUUAAAAUGCAGAGAAGUUCUAAUUUGUGGUCAUAAGAUUCUGAGGGCUUUUUAAGUAAUUUGAUCAAGUGGAUGUAACCGUGAUUUCAGCUGAAUUUAAAAUCGACAUCUAGCAAUUAUUUCAAGGCUUAAAACGGUAUGGCUGAGAAUUACGUGGCCUAAGGUUUCCUUGCAAAAUGGAAAGUAUCAUAUUUUUCAGGUUAUUUAGCCUGUAUUAUUUAUCACCCAAAAAACCACAACCCUGUACUUUGAUUGCAGUGUGGAUUAUAUUGAUGUGCAACAAUACAAGAAGUUUGGCAACAAGCCUUUCCUCCUGCCCUUUGUGGCUUUGAUUUCUAUCUGAUUUCUAUUCAAUCUGCGUGUAGUUAACUUGAACAAUAAUGUUGGGUUUUUUUGAAGUACCCAUUUUAUCAGAGCGGAGGCUUAUAUGCAUGAAAACACGGCAUGCUUCUGGUAUGAAAAUAGCUGCUUAACUUCUCCAUGCUCAGCUCCUCAGUGUAGUGAAGGAUGGAAAUGUUAGCCUACCUUCUGGAAAUGUUACAAAGCUAAGUGGCUUGCUUUACAUCGUGCAGCACCUUCCAUGUAAGGAACCCAAAUGGCUUUUUAAUAAUAUAAGCCUUCUUGCUUUACAGGAACAGUGACUAAUGACUAAGACUAUCCCAGUGGGAAGGAAGGAGAAAUCAAUGAUUAUUCCUCAGGAAUACUGAAGUGCCCCUGGAAUAAGCCAACAUUCUUCAGUAACGAUCACCAGUAACUCUUUAUACUCCAACAAACUGUUUCCGUACAUGAAACAAGGUUCUGUUGCUUGUUUUGUAUCGUGUCUGGAAAGUGCAAGGAAGAGCUCUUCUGGGAAAUAAAUAAAAGAAAAAUGGCCUUCU